AUCAGCCUGGCCUUAACAUUGUUCUUCAACACAUAGCUUUAGGUCCGUACUCGACUAUACUCACCAUGAGCACAGUUUUUGAGAUUGUCAAGAACAUGGGGGGGCAUGAGACCCUAGUAAAGCUAGAAGAGAAAGCGCGGGAAGAGGCUGCUAAGGCCAAAGCUGCGGAAAGGGAAGCAGCUUGGAAAACCCGGGCAGCUUGCCUUGAUAUAUUAAUCAAAGACCCUCCAGAAGAUGUUUACUAUUCUUUAAAUGUGAUUCGAAACGUGUUGGGGCAUUUUUAUAGCAAGGACCAAAAUUGUGACGGACAUCUCAGCUUUGACGAGCUGUCGGAUAUCUUUAGCUCUGAAUCCGAGGAAUCCAAACAGAAACUCCGUGACGAAUUCGCGAGCUUUGAUAUUACUGGGGACCAGCUCCUCAGUCUUGGCGAGUUUUUUGUCGUCUUCUUUAUUGGAGGGGAGUACAAAGACGGCUACGAAAGCGCCAUUAGGGUCAAGGAUAAGUGA